CGUUCCAAAUAGCCUUUAUAGGAUUUCAGCAGUCCGCAUCAGCCUGGAAUUCGUGAGGACGUCUUUAUCACCAAACAUGAACGGCCAGAAUAGAAAGGCAUUGCCUGAAAAUGAUUUAAGUUAAUUUAUACACUAAGGAAAUAUCUCACCGAGAUAUCCACAAUAAGGAUAAAGUCGUUUAGUGAAAUCACUAUCGUCGACUUUCCUCUUCGCAGCAACUACCACCAAGGAAUGAUUAUGCCCUUAAAUGAUGUGAUUGGAACUCUGCCUCCCGUCGGCAGACUGUCAGCGUUUUUUCUCUACUCUCGGUUCUCGUUUUCAAUCCGUUUUAUGUCAGCCAACCGGGUGACCGAUGUUCCGCGACACUGGUCUAGGAGGCAUGUCUGUUAAGAUCUUUUACAGCCGGACCGUCUCGAGUAACCGAGUCCCCACCCCCGCAUUGUUUUGACUUCGCGCCGGUCCGUUGCUAUUAAUUGCACCGCCUUAUUAGCGAUCGCCUUACCAACCCCCGCCGCCGCCACUGUACUGUCUUGCAUUUAGGUCUCUGUCCUUAAGUCGCAUAGUAUCCUGGUGUGGGGUGGGCUCCGCCCCAGCGCAAAGACCGUCGUGUCCUCGACUUGACCUCAACUGUUCUAUCCUCGAACAAGCGUCCUUUUACUCACACCAGGCCAAGAAGCCGCUUAGGGUUACCAUGUCAAAAGGCCCUCUAUCUGCGCUGAUUGAAGGGUGAAAUAUGGUCUUUGCAUUUGUUUUGGAGUUCCGACAUGGAGCCCUCUCAGUCGGCCAAAUCGCGGGUCUUCCAGAGGAUCCAAGGUUGGAAUGUGACGACGACAAUUUAGUCGAAAACACGCGGUCUGGCCAGCCUUGUCUUUGUCGUGAUCUGGACUGUCCCGCCUAGUGACGCAUACCAGCAGGUUUGGCUACGCCAUGCAGUUCGUAAAUUCCAGUCCUGCGUUUCUAGAGUUAGGCGUAAAUGUGCAACUGCGUACCUAUGAAGUGUGCCUCCAAGUGCGGUCCGAAUGCUCUUCGUUGAAAUCUGCAGGUAGCAGACGCAGCACUAGUUUCAUUUCACCGAAGUCAGGUGCUGGUGAAUGUGACGAUGGGGGAUCGAAUGGUGGUGAACAGUCAAUACUCGCGAGUCGUUAUCGAUGAAGACAGGGUAUGUGUUUUGAUAACUUUUGGAUUGUUUGCGUCGUUAAGCAGUGGCAGCCCACCCCCAGCAGCCAUAAAAUAGAAAUUACGGAUUUGGCCAUUUUUAUUGCCUCAAUCGCCCUCUCGCUCUCUCCACCGUAACCGAUCGGUAAACGCACUUUCGACGUAGUUAAUAUUCCAGAUCACAACCGACAGGGCAACGGGACCGUGGCUCAGUCGGCCGGGCGUCGGACUUAGUAACGUUGAAUGGCCAAACAACGCGAGACCGAUGCUCGGAUGCCGCAAGGGCCGAGGCUGACUGACGACUGCUAAUACGCCAGAAAUGGCCAUCCCAGCUUCCCUCGUGCGUGAUCUCGUUCUGCAUAUAUUACUACUCGCUGUGUAGCUACCUUUGGAGCUCUAGAUCGAGCUCCAAAGCACAACGGGACGAGUGUAUCCCGUAACAGACCAACGGACACACUGUCAGCACAUAUAUAUAUAUAUGCUAUUUGAAAAAUAUGACCUGCUGAGCCCUCAGGCAGUCUUGUACAUACUUCGAAUGAGGUCUUCUUGGCUAAGUAAAUUGUCCAGUGGACAUUACAGCAGCAUAUCAACGACUAUCGACUGUCGGAUAGACGGUCGGCCCAUUGCGUUGGCAAUCAGACGUCCGUAUUGGAGUUAACCCAUGAACUAUUGUACUGAUAGCCUUUCCACUUAUUCCGUCAUGAGGUUUUUCGCGAGAUCCCUGCCCCACUUCCCCUCUGAUCAAACUCCUGGGUGUCUUGUAAGCCCUGGUUCCUCCCAAACUAUGUGUGCUCGUAGCUUCUAACCCUCGAAAAUUGGGAUUUUUUUGAAAAAUGAAACGUGGCCGUAAAAAGCACGGGACCCCUUACCUUAGCAUUAAUUUCCUGGCAAAAAAAUAAAACUUGAAUCGAGUGUCGUGCGUUUUCCGCUCCGAUUCGUAUAAUGAAGGUCAGCCAGUGGGCAUGUCAAUUGCUGUUGGACAUGGAGAAUAAAAGUUUAAAACUAGGCAAAGCAGUUUCCCGACGUGAGCAGCUCGGGUGGGCGAAACCUAUCCACUCCGUCCCGACUUUUAUCCUUGCGAAUGGCCUAGUAAGUGGCGAGGAUUUCAGUGCAUCCGCUGGCCGAUAAACGACCGGACUCAAACGCCUCAAUUGUAUUUUUUGCCAUCUUGCUCCCGGCUCGUCGAGAUAUCAUCUCUCGCCUCUCACAAAAUUGAAGCCUUCCAGAUGUUAUGGUCUUCUAAGGCGUAGCCAGAUACCCUCUAAUAUACUGAACUAUGCGCACACUAGGUUUUGUGACUCGAAAGUCCACUAAUGGUCUGUUUUUUGCAGCACUUGUACUUUAGGACCUGAGGACUUGUGUUGGCAGUUUUAUUUGUGACCCUUAGUGAGCUGAUUUUUGGUCUUAAAAAGUGAUGUGCUAGGAAGGCGUCGUAGUAAAUCUGAUAAGCCGUGACCGCGUCUGCUUUGUUUCUCUGCCUGACCCCACGACCUUUGCGUCUUGAUUCCGCUCGUACGCAUUCUUGAUAAACUGCCUUGGAUCAGAUUUUUCUAUCUCAGCACCCUACCCUCGAUUCUAACGUUACCUUUUAACGAUGUUAUUUGUGCGUAGUAUUGAAAUUUUCCUUUUAGGAAUCUACCCUCUUUCCGACAUAAAAUCACUGAUCAGGCCACUUAUUUUGGGACAGGAGAAAUGAUAAAUUAUUCCUUGUUGGUUUUAUCAAAGUGUUAGAUUUAUAGUAACAACAUUUCCGCCAAAAUUCUGCUCCAUUCUACGUUCCGUCUACGUUGACCACCCACAUCUAACCCCUUUAUUGUAGGUAUUAGGCGAACCCUGGCGGCUCUCAACCAGUCAGACCCCCAUCCAUCAGUGUCAGCAUUUAAAUUAUCCCGCAAAUCACCCGGCACUCACAGCCACACCUGGGGGCGGUUUUGGACCCGUUACUGCCGACGGAUAUGGUGUGUCCUACAUCUUCGCUGGAGAAGAUCACAUUUUCUUCCAUGUAUCCUCCUACAGAACCUCAGAGGAGACGGUAGGCUCCGAUUUAUAACAAAUUGUUGCGUGCCCAUUCCCACGGCCCGCCUUUUUGAACUUUAAAAACGAAAGAACUUGCCACAGAAACAGGGAGAUUAGGAUGCUUUGGGCCUUGGAGUAGAAAAAUGCAGUACGAAAAUGGUGACUAAUAGUCGUACUGUUUAGAUACUAAAACGUUACUACUGCCUUCACAUCAGUAACCAUUAUAUCAAGCAAGAAUCCGACUAUGAGCAAGAUUGUAUUCCGCUGCCUCUUGCAAACAAUAGACUUGUGAAUAGGGGUAAACUAGUGUGGCAUUUCAAGGGGCUGCCACUCUUUUAUUUUUACGUUGUUUGCAGUUAAUGAGUGUCAGGUUUUCACUGCAGCAGUAAUCUGUUUACCAUACCACAACCAGUGCUGCCUCGUAUAACUGCCCAGCCUAGAGCGGCGUUUUUCUGGCCGUUCUCAUUUCAUGCCCUCGAUGGCGAUCGACAUGCCCCAUGCCGAACUGCUAGGUCUAUCCGAUGGCCUCUCGUUCGUUGAAUUCUACCCAGAUUAGUUGUAAGGAAAACCCUACGCGGACUAUUCGCAAGCUUUUAAGAGCUGAAUUUGCGAAUAGCAGUCUUUAGCACUUUUCAAAGAUCUACGUCUGCAAAAGACCUUAGAAACCUUUAUGUGGUAAAUUACCACUGUUCUAACCUACCCCUUGGUUGAUGUCGAACUCCCUUCGCCUCCACUAGGACUCGGAAGCAUUCGUGAACCGCCUCUUCAGCGUUCUUCGCUCGCUGCGUCUUCUGCAUGAACCGGAAUCAAAUACCCAAGUCGUAACGGAGAAGGCGUCCUAA